AUCGACCUGACAUCGACCUGACAUCGACCCUGACAUCGACAUGACAUCGACAUGACUGACAGAAAACAUGAUAAACUAGUUUCCAGGAAACACGAGGCAUUUAGUAAAAGGCAGGUGAAAUCAACAAGAACCAUCAUUUGAUGCUUGGUCCUCAAACGGUUAACAUGCCUUACAAAUACAGAAGAAGCUGUCCUGUYUGCCACAAGCCUGAUCUACAGUUCCUUAGUGAUCAUUUGCGGCAAGUACAUAACCUGUACGGUAGUGAAAGAAAACAAUUGCUUUCAAUGGCUCUGUUUUCACAACAAAAAUACUAUACCCAUAAUCCUUUGAGAAGUGCAUCAUCAAACGUUAAUUCAAGUCGCCCAUCCAUUUCAAGGAACAUUCAAAAUGGAAAGAAACGAGCUUUGAAAAGCCCCAAACCAAUCUCCAGUAAGAGAAAAAAAGAAGAUAUUUGCCUAGUUACUGAGCCAUAUCUGGAUUUCAAAUUUCGACACAAGUUUUCACUCUUAGUUGUUGGACCAACUCAAAGUGGAAAAACACAUUUUGUUCAACAAAUAUUAGAGAAAGAUUGGAUUCUCUACGGAACAAGCAAAAAGCGUCGCAUAUUGUGGUAUUACACACAGUGGCAAAAUGGCUAUCAGAUCAUGAAGGGAAUGUUCAACAAGGAAAUUUCAUUUCACCAAGGCUUGCCUAACUUCACCGAAGAUUUAAGGGAAAUUGAUUCAAGCUUCAAUAACCUUAUCAUCCUUGAUGAUUUAAUGGCUGAAGCUAUUGAUAGCACCAUCGUCUCACGAUUGUUUACACAGGGUCGUCAUAGAAAUGCCAGCGUAAUUCUUCUUUUGCAAAACAUGUUCCCUAAAGGAAAGUACAACACUGAUAUAAGUCGCAAUGCUCAAUAUAUCGCUCUCUUUCGAAGUCCAAGUGAUAGAAAACAAAUUGGGAUCGUUGCAGAAAGAAUGUUUGAUAAACAAAGAAAUCGAUUCAUGGAAGCCUUUUACAGGGAAACGCAAAAACCUUUCGGUUAUUUGCUCGUGGAUAAUAAGCCAGAUACACCUGUAGACAAACAGGUCAUUGGAGACAUUUUCGGACAAUGUCAUGUAUUCUCGUCUAUCAACAAGGCCAAUGAAGAGAGUGAAAGAGCCAAAUCAUCAGCUGAUGUUAUUCAGUCACGGGCCCCUUCAGUUUUCUGGUCCGAUGCUGUUAUACAUGUAUGGCAAAAUUACACGAAUGAUGUCAAAUAUGUCAAGUCGAUACCUCAAGGUUAUACCAUAGUAGAGAUGUAUAAAACCUCCCGCAAUCCACAUCACCCAAAUCAGCCGGGCGUUAGCUUAGGAGGUGAACUUUACUGGCCCGUUAAAAUAAGAAACCUGUGYAAUGGGAGUUUUAAAUGGGUAAACCUCCAUGAAGAUGAUCCAAUUGUUAAAAUAAUCGUCCAAGAGGCUCUUGCGGGCGAGAUGAUCUCUUAACUAUAU